AUGAUAGCCGGAGAGCUCUACUCGUGUUCGGACCCUCAGUUGGUGAAAGACCGGUACGCUGUUCGCCGGAAGUUGCACCGGUAUCGGAUGCUGCUAGAGGAGAAAACGCUGGCCGAGGACUUUCUGCACGACCACGUCUUCCGCGAGUUUGCGGACUGCAGCACGAGCUUCAUCGAGCCCCCACUCUUCCUUGACUACGGAUACAAUUGCACGAUUGGCCACCACUUUUACAGUAACUUCAACUGCGUUAUGUUGGACUGCGCCGAGAUAACCAUUGGCAACCAUGUGAUGUUUGGCCCCAACGUCCAGCUCAUCACCGCCACCCACCCGAAGGAUUCUGUCUCUCGAAAUGAGCUCUGCCAGGAGAUAGCCAAGCCCAUCACCAUCGGCGACGGCUGCUGGCUGGGCGCCGGCGCCACCGUCUUGCCCGGGGUCACACUGGGCAAGAAUUGCGUAGUCGCAGCCGGUGCAGUCGUGACCAAGAGCUUUCUAGAAGACGGCCUGGUGCUGGUCGGCGUUCCUGCCAAGGUGACAGAAAGGCUUGACCAG